UUGCAUUUUUCUUUUUCGUUUUGAACGCGCCUUUUUCUCUCAACCGGCAUCUGCAGCCUCUGCCACCAACAGCGUUUCAGCCGAAGGGGAAAAAAGUUAACUCGUAGAAAAUCACUGCAGCCGAAUCUCGAAACGCGCGUGCAAAUUUAGCCGAUUUUGAAGCUGAAAAGUGAAAAUACUGUGGAUUUAAGUGCAAAGCAACAUAUUCCUGUCGCUGAAAAAUAACGAGAAUAAAAAUUCCAAUGGCGACGAAGGCUAAACGAGGGCGCACAGCGAAGAAUGUGGCAGAACCGGAAGCGGAAAUCGUCGAACAGGAAGCGGUGGUCAAAAAUGGAGAUGCAAAGAAAAAGCCCGCAGCAAAGGGAGCGAAAGCUGGCGGUAAAACAAAAGCAGUAGCCGAGCCCGAAGUGGAACAGGUCCCAGAGGAGAAAAAGAAAGGAGGCCGGAAGGGUAAGCCUGCAGCUGCCGUUGAAUCAGUACCUGAACCUGCCCCAGAGCUUCCGGAAGAGCCUGCCAAGGGACGUAAAGGCCGUAAACCGGCUGCGGCCAAAGAGGAAGCGCCUGCUGUUGAAGAACCGCCAGCGAAGAAAGGAAGAGGCAAAAAGGCCGAAACGGAACCUGCUGCAGCAACGAAUGGUAGUUCUCCCGCCAAAGCGACCGCAACCAAGGGAAAGGGGAAGGCUGCCAAAGCGGCCAAGGAGGAAGUAGCGGAACCAGAACCAGAGGCCCCGGCUAAGCGAGGGCGCGGCAAAGCGAAAGCGGAAACCAAAGAACCAGAAGACGAGCCAGCAGCAUCGCCAGCCAAGAAGUCGAAACAGGCAGCCAAAGAGCCAUCGCCGAAAAAGGCCAGCCCCAAAAAAGCCCCAGUCGUAGAGGAAGCCGUGAGUGAAGAAGCGAACGGAGAUCCAGCGCCGGCCAAAGCAGGAGGACGUGGUCGCAAAAAAGCCGCUGAAGAAAAACCAUCAGCAUCGCCAACUAAAUCCCCUAAGGCACCAGCCAAACGAGGAGGACGCGGUAAAAAAGCUGCUGCCACCGAGCAAGAGGCAAACCCAAAGGCUCCAGCAGCGAAGAAAACGGCAAAAGAAUCGAAAAAACGGGCUGCAGUUGCAGCUGCUCCUGUGGAAGCACCAACAGUGAACGAUGUAGAUGAACCUUUGGAUGGAGUUACCCAACGCAAGAAGGCCAAAACGGAAGUGACGAAGAAACCAAAGGCUGAAAAGAAACCGAAAGCCGAAAAGAAGCCGGCAGCCCCCAAAGUGAACAAAUCCGCAACCGACUACGCUUCGCUGGAGUUUGACCUCACCGGGAAGGAGUUCAACUUCAAAAUAUCCAGCUGGAAUGUGGCCGGCCUUCGCAGUUGGGUCGGCAAGGGUGGUCUGGACUUCUUCGAACACGAAAAACCGGACAUUCUGUGCAUCCAGGAAACAAAAUGUGUCGACGAUCAGUUACCGGAGGAAGUCCGCCACAUCAAAGGUUACCAUCCGUAUUGGCUGUGCAAACCCGGUGGCUACGCCGGAGUGGCCAUUUACUCGAAGAAGAUGCCCUUCAACGUGACGUACGGACUUGGAGAUGAAGAGCAGGAUGCGGACGGUCGGUUGCUUACGGCGGAAUACGAAAAGUUCUUCCUGGUUUGUGUGUAUGUUCCGAAUGCUGGUCGUGGACUAGUAACGCUUCCCAAAAGGAUGCGAUGGGACGAAAAGUUCCACAAAUAUCUGAAGGACCUUGACGCAAAAAAGCCAGUUAUUUUGUGUGGCGAUAUGAACGUUGCUCACGAGGAAAUCGAUCUAGCAAACCCAAAAACCAACAAGAAAAACGCCGGAUUUACACCGGAGGAAAGAGAAGGAAUGACCAAGCUGCUCUCGCUGGGCUUUGUCGACACAUUCCGACAGCUUUAUCCAGAGCAGAGCGGAGCGUACACCUUCUGGACGUAUAUGGGCAACGCACGGGCGAAGAACGUCGGCUGGAGACUGGACUAUUUCAUCACGUCGGAGCGAUUCGUAGGGAAAGUGGUGGACAACGUUAUCCGAUCGGGUGUUUACGGCAGUGACCAUUGUCCACUGACGCUCUUUCUUAAAGUUUAAUGCGUGAACGCCAACGUAUGGCUUCUGUUUGAGCUCGAUACCAAUUAUACUAUACAUUUGUACCGAUCGUGUAAUUUAAUGGCACCCGCCUUAAAGGUAAGUUAUUAAUUACGUGUGCGACUAAUUAUUUUGUUUUAAACUUAGUUUUAGUAUACUUUGUCCUAGGACCUAUUUAACCACUUACAUUAUAAUUGAUUAAAAUAAAUAUACGGACUAUUCAAACGGUAUAAA